AUGGCGUUCGCUCAAGCUAUACUCUCCAACCCUGCUAUUCCGAUUGAAGAUCGGCAACAAGCGCUCGACCGUGCUUUUUCCGACCCCGGUCUACCUUCAGCUCACCCGACUUCUUCUUUCUGGCUCAGAACUCCACAUCCCGAAAUUGCCCAGGCGCAGUCGGCUGAGCUGCCAUCUGAAGCAGAAGUAGUCAUCAUCGGUUCUGGAGUGACUGGGACUUCGAUUGCAAGAACUCUGUUGAAGUACCGCAAGCCUGGGAAGGAGACCAAGCCCCGACCGGCUGUUGUUAUCUUGGAAGCGCGUGAUGUCUGUAGUGGUGCCACCGGCCGCAACGGCGGUCAUAUCAUUGAAACAGCGGAAGAAUUUGCAGAGAUCGAAGCAUCACAUGGCCUUGAAGCGGCCAUGAAGAUCGUGAAGUUUCGAAUGGCUCAUCUGCAGGAGAUCCUGAAGACCGCUGAUGAGUAUGGACUGACGGAGGAGACUCAAGUGAGAAAAGUUCAGUUUCUAUGUGUAUUUUUUGAUGAGAGAGGCUGGAAGGGGGCUUUAUCUCGCCUGCAGCGUUUGAAAGAGUGUUUGCCCGAUGAAACCGUCGAGUGGAGAGCAUAUGAGAGAAAUGAGAUUCCAAAGGAAUUCUGCCUCCCUCAUGCUCGAGGUAUCGUGGCUGGUCCGGCUGGUGCUAUCUGGCCUUACCGACUUAUCACUGGCAUCUACUCGCGGCGCGAAUUCCCCCGGGAUCUGCUAAUUGAAUCCAAUACACCGGUGACAGCUAUCCGUGAUGCUACAUCUGAAGAGGCUACUUCGUUGCGGUAUGCGAUUGAAACAACCAGAGGCACGAUCCGCGCUCGUCACGUCAUACACUGUACCAACGCUCACGUUGGCCAUCUUGUUCCCGGAUUGAGAGGCCGUAUUUACCCAGUCCGAGGUCAAAUGUCUGCGCAGGCACCGGGAAGCAAGUUCCGCAAUCAGGGAACCGAGCAUUCUUGGAUCUUUGUUUAUGAACGGGGAUUCGACUACCUAACUCAGCUACCACCGUCCGAGGCAGGCGAGAUGAUGAUGUUCGGAGGCGGAUUGGCUCAAGGCGAGCUCGCUGGUGUUGGUGAUUUUGGGGUUUCCACCGACUCAGAGCUGAGCCUGUACGCUGAUAUCCAUCUCUCUGGCGCGUUGAGUGCGAUCUUCGGUCGCGAGAACUGGGGCAGCGUCCCGGGUUCCAGUGUGGAGGAGAUGUGGACAGGAAAUAUGGGUUUCAGCGCAGACGGCUUCCCAUGGGUAGGGCAACUUCCCGUGUCUCUGACGGGAAGGGAACAGAAAGAGAAAGGCCAAGGAGCUGAAUGGGUCUCUGCAGGAUUUUCAGGGGAGGGAAUGGUGAAUGCAUGGCUGUGCGGAAAAGCUCUGGGAAUAAUGUUGCUGGCUCAUGACGAUGAACUGCUCGAGACAGAAUCCGCAGACCUCUCCUGGUUUCCAGAGCAGAUGCUGGUGACGGAGAAGAGGAUCAGGGACUCUGUUCUACCUCGUGAUAUCAAUGGGAUAUCGUCUUAUUUGUAG